AGGUAGAGUUUGGGAUCCUCUGGUUGGCUCCAGGGGUGGGGCAAAUAAGGGGUCAGUCAAGAGUAUUGGUCCAAGACCCACAAAUACAUCAGGAUUUUUCCCUCCUGUCAGCCUCCUAAACCCCAAUGAGGUCAUAGCAAUGAGAGAGAAUCAGAUCAAGAGAGAGGGGGAGGACGACAAUGGAGAACAAUUAACCAGAUGGAAAGAGGCCAUCAGACAAGGUCGCGUUUCUGGCGGCACAGUAAGUGCGAGGAAUGUGGUGCUGAAUACCAUCCACCUGCUCUGCCUGGAGACCUAGGGAUUCACAGAAGCGCUUUGCGCUGCCAGGGAAACAAAGGAGGGGAAGACAAAAGGACUGGCGGAGAGGGGUUGUGAGUGGUCCCCCUUUAUCUCUAGGAAGCCAAGCUCCAUUCACCCACUGGGAAAGAGGAGGGAGCCUGAAAGGUGCAGAAGGCUCCAGGGAGCGCGGAACCCAGACGCGGCAGAACUCUGGACAGCUCCUUGCAAGCUGCCUGGGCUCACAUCCAGAGUCUGCUCUCCAGUGCCCCGCUCCCCAGUGCUGGCUUCUAGACUCCCACCCACCGCCGGCGAUUCCUGUGUGAACGUGCCAGGGGCUGGACCAGCUCUUUCUCCUCUGGCCUGGCCACGGAAAUGGUUCUCUGGUUCUCGAAAUCCAGAUCUUGUGGAUACUGUUUUGCCGGUGAAAAGAGAAAAGUUUGAGGAUAUUGACUGUGGUAGGGGGUGGAAAGGGCUAAGGAGGACUGGAAGAAAAAGGUGGAUGAUUGGCUUCCUUCUCUGAGCUGAAAGGAAUGAUGACUCAAGGAGGAUGUGCACCAGCAGCCAGAUCAUUGGGAGCCUCUUGGUGCUCUCUGUGCUGGAGAUAGGGCUGGGGGUGUCCAGCGUGGCCGUGGGGGCAGUCAGCUUCAGCCUCGCCCUCCGAGAGCACACACCGCAGCUCGGAGACUCGUCCCCGGUAUGGAGCGGGGUGUGUUUUCUUCUUUGUGGCAUAUGUGGAAUACUAUGUGCCAAAAAAAAGUCAGGACUUGUUAUGAUACUCUUUUCAGCCUGUUGCAUCUGUGGACUUAUUGGAGGCAUCCUGAAUUUUCAGUUUCUUCGGGCGGUCACAAAGAGGACCUCAUCUGUGUACCCACUGCACCUUGCUUCCAUGUCUUUGGCGUGUAUUGGGAUUGGGGGCUGCACUCUGUCCUCCUGGCUCACUUGCCGUCUAGCCAGCUAUGAGCAAAGGAGAAUGUUCUCAGAAAGGGAACAUUCCCUGCAUCACUCUCAUGAAAUGGCUGAGAAAAGAUUGAGGGCUAUUGAAAUAACCGACUUGCCCAGCUGCCCGGUGGUGCCCCCGACACCAGAGUUACCUACAAGGAAAUGACUGACAACAUGAGUAAUGGAGGACCACAACUGAUAUUUAAUGGAAGAGUACAAUCAAUGUUUUAAAGACUGAACAUUUUUCAGGUUGUUCAUGAAUCAGGAGAGUCUGAAGGCCUGGGAGCAGCAAUCAAAACAUUUCUUGCAUUUGCUGAGCAUCCACUAAAAUUAUUCCUUCUCAAAUUUGCCUCAUUUACCCUCCAGACUUUUAUAUAGGGUGAAAACUUUACAGAAAUGUUGUAACUUAGUCUUUUCAGCAGACUGACAAGUUGUUCUGAAGAAGACUCUUCCAGAACAAUAAAUGGAACAGCAUUGAUAAAUACUAUACACAAGCAGCAUUUGACUAGCAUGAGCUUUAGAAUUGUAAUUGCAUAUUCUAAUCAAGAACUAAAAAUAAUUACUGAUGUCUUUGUUUUGAAAGACAAAUGACUUCAAGUAAUGCCUUGUAACAACAUUAUAAUUAAUUUCAAUUUGUGAGUAAAUUGUAUUUCAUAAUUUAUUUGUAAAUUACAAAAAGUACAGCAUAAAAGGUAAUUUUUAGUGAAAGAAUAUUGAUCUGUAUGAUAUUUUUGCACUUUUGAACAAGUGAAAAUAUAAUGUAAGGAAAUUAAAUGUUUUCAUUAUGCUGUGCAGAUUCAUCUGCAUGUUCAUAAAAGAAGCUAAGAAUAAAGUAUGUGUUUAUACAUAGGUGUAUAUAUACUGUAAAUAUAGAAAAUACACAGAGCAUAUAUUUAUAGCUACAUGAAUGUAAAAAGGUAAUAGAAAAGAAAUUGUGAUGGUAUGAGGGGUAUUCUACCAGUUAUAGUUAGGCCAUUGCUCAAAGGUUUCUAAGCACACAAGGUCACAUACUUAAUUUUUACUCUAUUUCCUUCUUUUUGUUAAAUAUAUUGUGGGUAGAUAGAAUUGUGGCUUACAUAUAUGGAGCUGAGUUACUUGAAUAUUGAAGCAUAAAUAUAAAUUAUUUAGUUUUGGAGUAUUUUACAGUGAUUAUGGUGUUUACGUAAAAGUAAUUGUUAGUAUUGAUUUAUAAAUACAACUUCAAUCAUAUAACUCUGCACUUAUAAACAAAAAUUAUUAUUUAUGAUUAUUUCUGAUAUGUUUCUUUCAAAUAAUUUUCAGUCAAAUUAAAUUAUAUAGAAGGAAAGAUGAUUUACCACCCUAAGUGGAGUGACCACUAGCUUUGCUAUAUUUUAUUUAAAUGUCUUGUGUCCUUUAAUGAUUAAUAUGAAAUAAUAUAGACUGGUCAUGUUUGGGAAAGCAUAUAUUCAAAGCAUCCAAAGGUAUUCUCACUAUAAGAAAAUUGAAAGAUAAACUGACAUUCAUAUAGCUAGAUUCAAUUCUUCUCUUCCACAAUGGAAUAUUAAAAUAGCAACUAGCAAUAUGUAUAAAUGAGUAAAUGGUCUUUGAGAUAUUUCUGAAAAUUAAUCUGUGACAACAUACAAAAUAAUAUUUUUAAAUAAGUAACAAUGCAUUAUAUAUUUUUGUUACUUCCCAAAGCUAAACAAAUUUCAACUCAUUUUUAUGAGUUAUUUAAUCACAGUUAAAUUGAUAUAUUUAGUGCUCAGUAUAAGAAUACAUUAUAAUCACAAGCAAGACAGGAGUUUUCAUUGUGCUAACAUAACAGCAAUAAUUUUGUCUAAGGGUACCAUGAGACUUUGACAAAAUCAUCAUUCACCCUGUUGAGAUAAACUCCUUAGAAAAUUAUGGCCGAACAGAAAUAACUGGUCCCUAUUUGUUUUGGGCAUAGUUUUUACUCUUCCCCACUUGUUUGGAUGCUUUUGUCUGGUAUAUUACAAAUAAUGUCCAUAGAUUCAAUCUCAAUAAUGAUUAAGCAUCAUCACUAUUCAUUUUAUGCCACAUAUAGGCAUGAUAUUUGCCACUAAAUAUCUAAACUGCAAAAUGCAGAAGUCAUGUGUAUAUAUGGUUCUAACAAAUUGAUACAUUAGGUAGCUUCAUCUUUAGAGAAGAAACCACUGACUCUAAUUUUGGUAGCAUUUCUCUGUAGACAUGUUGUGACAUACAGCAUCAAGAUACAUCAAUACAUUUAAUGCCUUUUGGAUUUAUUUUAAAAUCACAUAUUAAAAGAUCAAUGUAGGCUAUCACUGCUUUGAAACACAAUUGAAAAGAGAUACACACACCUCAGUUAUCUAAAUAUUCCACCGUGUGUGUGUGUUCAAUUCUAGACACAUCUUAAACAGCAGUGAUUUCAAACCAGUAUUUUCAUGACUCAAAUUGGAAUUAUUACUUGGGUUAUUAGGUAGUUCUUGAGAUAAGUGGGGGAAGUUAAGACAUUAUGCAAGUGAUUGAAAUUUUAAUCUUGACAAAAAAAACUGAAAAGAAAUAAAAAACAUUAGUGCCUACAUCAUAGUUUUAGUACAUACCUACCCUUGAGGAAAUAUAAUGUGAUACUAAAUUAGGAAAUAUAUGUAAAACGGAUGUGGAGUAUGCCUUACAUAUAAAAUGAAAAAAAUUUUUUUGGUUUUUUUUUUUUUUUGGUUUUUACAAGACAGGGUUUCUCUGUAUUGUUUUCGAGGCUGUCAGUCCAGCCCAGCCUCGAACUCACAUAGAUCCACCUGCCUCUGCCUUCCGAGUGCUGGGAUUAAAGGCGUGCGCCACCACUGCCCGGCUUUAUUGGAAAUUUAAAAAUAUAUUUGUAUGUGCAUAUGUGUGCAAUAUACACACAGCUGUUUUGAAGUGAAACAUUGUAUGAUGACUCCAGAUGUUUAUGGAAUAAAACCGUAUGCUUUGAAACUAAA